UUGACUGGGGAGGGUGUAUCACAUUGGAAGUGUAUUAAACUAAAUGUCCUUAACUUUUCCUUACCUAAUACGGAUGUGGCUGUUAGCACAAAGGGAGGUGUGAAUAAGGUCACAUCUGACUUAAUCUGUUCAUGAUUUGUUUCAAGGCCCAGUUGUGUAAAUCAAAUUUAGAAAGAGUAAUGACUUGUCGAUUGUCAGUUUGCUGAUCCCAUACUUUAAAAAGAAAGUAAAUAUUUUAAGAUUUAAUACAUACACUCAGAUACUGUUUUGAGCUCAGUCAUUGCUUACUAAGCCACUGAUGCAUAAGUAUGGUUUGCUUCAGCAGUCUGGCAUCUAGUGAUUCAAUGUUGAUCAGUUGUCCCAGAUGGAAUGCGUUGCCCAUGCUAGCAUGAUAAUGUUUUGAUAUGAAGGCCAAGCCUGCAGGAUGUAAGAACAGAAGUAUUCCAACCAAAACUGUCCUGUGAAGCCAAGGAAGUGUAUCGAUCCUUCCCUGUCAUUGGUAAGGAUCAAAUAAUGGCAGGCAUUUCUUUCUCUGGAGGAGAAAACAAAGGCUUCUUAGGAUUUUGAUAUACAGUAUAUUGAUAUACUGUUGUGAUAUUAAUGUAUGCAGUGCUCAUUUAUAACAAUAGGAACAUUCAGAUUGUGCUUUUUGGCAAAUAAUAGGCUCUGAACCACCUUAGGGCAAAUUAGUAACAGCAAAAUUACUAUAAUGCUGAAGUUGCUGAAUAAUCCCCAGGCAUCUCAGCUUUCAUGGGAGCAAACAGAGCCUUGACUAAAGCUAUGGGAAAUAUAUUCAGACAUAAAGAAGCAGAUUAAUUUAUAUUACUUUUUUCUCCAGAUAUAGAAGUUGGUUUAAUAAAAACCAUUGCUGUUCCUGAGAAUGUUUUCCUUGAUUGUGUCCUUUUUUAAGGACAAAUAAAAAUAGUACUGCACCAUUACAGCAGUUUUUCUUCACAUGAAACAUUAUUCAGUCCAGUUCUGAGCAUAUAUAUGAGGGGAAGGCUUGAAAAAUAAGUACAAGUUACAUCCUUUAAGGGUUACCGAACAUGUAGAAACCGCUUUCAACUGGGGGAAUCUGAACCAUAAAUAUCUUUAGGCUAGGAGAGUAUUUGGGGCAAGUAUGUGCACACAUCCCCAUUUAUCAUAUUCUCCCUUAGACAUCCACUUUUGACCAUUGUGGGAGGCAGGAUAUUUGCUUAGGUGGAUUUUGUUUGAUCUACCAUGGCUGUUUUUAUUAUUACGUGACUGAGAGUGCUACAAAUGCAACAGCUCUACCUCUUCUUCCUUUUUCAGUCGUUUUCCCUACCUUCUCCUUAGCAUCACCAUCUGCUUUGGCAGCAACAUUGUCUUAGCUCAGACAGUACUGAUUGCAACACACCAUGUUCUUGGGUAUUGACCAUGAAGUUGUAGGCUGCUGAAAUUCUGACUCAGAAGGAUGUUGAAAGGUUGCUUUUGUUUUGGGUGGGGUUCUUUUAAUUUGGGGGGGGGGUUGUUUGGGGUUUUUUUUAUUUGGGUAGGGGGUUUUUGAUUUGGUUUGGUUGGUUUUUUGGGGUUUUUUUACGUAAAGUCUUAUAAGUAUUUGUGGGACAGAUCUGGGGCCAGAACCACACAGUUAAACCAGAUUCAUGAAAUGAAUGUAUGAUAGGAGACUAAUUUAUCUGCAUCUUUGACAUCCUGCCUGCAAACUGUUCACUAACCUUUUUUUUUUUCCCCUGGGAUUAUGAUCCUAUUCCAGGCUUCUGGAGACCACUUGAGACCUCUGCUAACUUGUACAGGAGCUUGCCAGAGAAAGAGAGUUGGUUGGAAACAAAACUCUGCUUUCCUGCUUGAUGCUUUUUUUUCUAAGAUGCAUUACAGCUCUAAGAUACUCAUUCAAAGUGACUAUAUUUUCCAGUGAUGUAGAGUUGAAGCUUUUCUAUCUCAGCUAAUGAGGCUAUCUGGCAUUUAACAAGCAACAAGUGACAGAACUGAUAGAUCCUCCUAUUUUCCAUAUGGCAGGCUUGACAUAGAUGGGCUAAACUCACCUUGUACCGUUUUGAUCUUAAAUAGUUUGUUGAAACUAGGGAAAAAUUAUCGGUUUCCUGACCUAACUACCUCUUGAGGUUUAAUUUUUAAUUGUGUACUGAUCUCUGGUGUGUUAAUCACGGAAAAGGCUAAGGUUGGUACUGUAGGUAUCCUGUGUGUGCCAGUAUGUGCAGUUGACUGCCAGCACAGUCACACCAGUGUACAUGUGUUGCUAUCUUUUAUAUAGAUAAAAAUCCCAAAAGGGGACAAUUUUGUUUUAGAAUUUAAAAAAUGCUCUUUUUUUUUUUCCUAAUUUAGUGUAUACCUUUUCUAAGUAUUCUUUGCUUCUCUAUCCACCUCACCUGCCACACAGCUUCUCUCUUUCCCUUACUGAACUGCGUGGACAACCUGUCCCAGUGUCCACAGGGUAGGAAACCUGGACUGAGACCCAUGCUUGGAGGCAGCCUCUCCAGUGAUGGCACUCUCAAUGAUGUAGCCUCAGAAUUGAAUCUGAUGCAGAUGCAUUUAAAAUUCUCCUGGAGAUGAAGUUGAAGAAGAGACAGAAAAAGCCUGCUUUACCAAGCACUGUGACUGAGCUUGACACUGAGGAUGGUUCUAAAGUGUAUGUGGUUGGAACAGCUCACUUCAGUGACAGCAGCAAAAAGGAUGUAGUAAAGACAAUACAAGAAGUGCAGCCUGAUGUAGUUGUGGUAGAACUAUGCCAGUACAGAGUUUCUAUGUUAAAGAUGGAUGAAAAGACAUUACUAAAAGAAGCCAAAGAAAUAAAUUUGGAAAAACUUCAACAAGCUAUAAAGCAGAACGGAGUCAUGUCUGGAUUGAUGCAAAUGCUGCUUCUGAAGGUUUCUGCUCACAUCACAGAACAGCUGGGAAUGGCCCCAGGAGGAGAAUUCAGGGAGGCUUUCAAAGAGGCCAGUAAAGUACCCUUCUGUAAAUUCCAUCUUGGUGACCGACCCAUCCCUGUUACAUUUAAGAGAGCAAUUGCUGCACUUUCCUUCUGGCAAAAAGUCAAGCUUGGUUGGGGCCUUUGCUUCUUGUCUGACCCAAUCAGUAAAGAUGAUGUGGAGAAAUGCAAACAGAAGGAUUUACUGGAGCAGAUGAUGGCAGAAAUGAUUGGAGAAUUCCCUGAUCUUCACCGAACGAUUGUCUCAGAACGAGAUAUUUACUUGACAUACAUGCUGAAGCAAGCAGCAAAGCAGAUAGAACUACCUCGAGCUUCAGAAAAUGAGCCUAGAAGGUAUAUCCCAGCUGUUGUAGUUGGUGUUGUUGGCAUGGGUCAUGUACCUGGAAUUGAGAAGAACUGGAAUUCUGACUUAAAGAUCCAGGAAAUAAUGAGUGUGCCUCCUCCAUCAACUUCAAGUAAGAUUUUCAAAUUUGUCUUAAAAGCAACAGUUUUUGGACUGCUGGGAUAUGGCUGCUACCGAAUAGGUCACAGGACAGUUCAGUUUGUUCUCUCGAUGCCAGCAGCACAGAGCUAUCUUCAGAGGCUGACAGAGGUGCCUCAGCAUUGAACAUCCAGUGGAGGCACUGUGUGAAGAAAGGGGCUGAAAAAAGGGUGAUAGAGGCAACUCGUGAACUGGACUGAAAGAAAAUGAGGAUUUCAGUCAGAGCUGAUUGAUGCUGAGCAAUGUCAAUCACUAUAUAGUAAAAGAUUUGAUACUAAAGUCACACCAGCUAUGACCUAAUUAAUAGUUUUGAUUCCUGGUAAGUGUGUUGCAUGAAACCAGAUGAUUCCAGAUUAAGCUAAAAGAAAUGUGUUUGCAGAUAUAUAUAUUAUAUAUGCAUACUGUAUAUAUAAUAUAUAUAUUACUGAUGAUGUAGUACAGGCAGCUUAAAGAGUGUGUGUUCAUGACUUCUUUUCCAGAGGAACAGAACAACACCAAGUAAUCUAAUCGGCUGCAUCUCUGCCGAAGUUCAGGGACACUUGUCUUGAGUGAUUCUUUGCUUUUAUUUUCUUAGGUAUAAUAAUACCAAGUGGUUGUUUCUGGUGCCAGACACUUUUACACAUAAUUUAAAAGGACAUCUUCUCAAUGUGUGUUUUAUACGUAAAACAUGUAGGCUUUUUUUUUAAAUUCAAGAGCUUUCCAGGAAUUUCAGAGUUGUACAGGCUGUCAUACGUACACUGCUCAAAUUUUUUACAAGCCUUAUUGAAGAACAGGAACGUUGCCUUUAGAUUGCAUCCCUCAUUACCGUCAUCAGUUGAAUUGUCUUUCUUCUGCAUAGAGAAGGAAUAGCCAACCCAUCAGAAUGCAAUGUGGUUUGUGUCAGAUGUUUACAGGACACUCUGUUCCUUUAGAUUAGCUUAUUUAAACUGUAUUAUUUAGCCAUAUCCUGCUGGAUUCAGUAUUGUAAAUUUAAGAGGCUAGAACUACUGUACAAUUUACUUUUGUUUCUCAGACCUUUCAUAUUUGGGUAAGAAGUCUGGAAUUGAUAGUACCUGCCCCUCAUUUUUGAUACAUGAAAAUAUUUUAUUUAUCAAUGUAAUUUCUCGGUGGAUGAAUAUUUUAAUCUAUUUAAUAGGAAAGCAAUGUUCAAUUUAGUUUUUCAAACUAGCUGUAGCAUUUGAUUUGUAUUACCUGCUAUUUAUACAUAGAAUUAUGGGUACUGCUGUUAUUUUCUUUGUUAAUUAUCCAGAACAGUCAUCCAUCAUCAAUCUUUCUUUUUUUUUUUUUUAAAUUCUAGUUUAAUAUUUUAUAGGAAUUUUUUGUACCCUCUUUUUAUACAGGAUUGUCAGUGAUUGUAAAGUGCCCUCUGCAAUCAGCUAGUCCCAGUUCAACAAUACAGAUAAUUUUGACAUAUCAAAGUUUUAACCUGAUGUAUUUGAAUGGAAGUCCCAUUUGCUUCUCAGGCUCAUAUACAGUUGCUUAAAGUGAGGUUUUUAUCUGUAUUAAUUUCUUUUGGGAAUGAAAGAUGGGAACCAGUGUGUGAGGCAGGAGGAAGAAAAGGUGAUGUGUUUUGUGUUUCUUUGUUGUUUUCAGUUGGCUCAAUAAAAUCAACAAACCACUUUCAGUGGGAUGUAUUUCCAAAGCCUUGUGUUGGAAAUGGUCCUGUACAGUCUUUUGUUUGCUGAAAGUAUGUACCUGUAUCUUCUGUGCAGUGUUGUCUUUUUUGAGCUUUUAAAAUUAACUUAAGAGUCUGAUGCUCCUCUCUGUGAUGGCAUUGACUUUGCUGGGAGCUGGUCUGUCCAUGCAACCUGAUGCUUUUCUGCCUUGACACUUUGAAAAUUUUAUGAGUUCCAGUGCAGCAAAUUAUUAAAGUGCAUGUUUAUCUUUACACUUACUGAAUCUAACUCGAUCCCGCAGAGCUUUUAAGAUGAUGCUAGGUGCUUUUCUGGGCCUUACAGUUGUGUGGGGAAUAAACCUUUGCAAAUGAGAAUGACAGCAAUUCAUGCAAUUCAUGCUUCUUGGACACAAAAUGUAAAUGAUAAUACAGAAUACAGUGGGGGCAGGUCCUUUUAUUUUCUAUCUUAUCAGUGCUUAAGAAACCACCAGCCAUUUUUUGCAAGAGGAAAAGCAGCAUUUGUAAACAAUUUAUAGAAGAGUGACUGCCUGAAUUUUGAUUCCUGUUUUUAAAAAACAUUUAAUGUAUUGUUUAUAAUGAAGCAGUCCUAUUUGAAUAAUUCUAUUACAUUUUAUGUACAUUUUUAAAAGAAGAAAGCAAAAGCUUAAGCUUACUCUUCUCCUGGCUUUACUGACUUACCAAAAUGUUGUUCUGUUGGUUGUUUUUUUGAGAAUAUUUAGCUGGUAGAAUUCAAUAUAUUGAUGUUUUUGCUUUAAGUUAUCUACAGAUUUUUAAAGUAUCUGCAGAUAUUUUAAAAGUUCUGUAGAUCUUUGAUAUCUGUGCUCAGGUACUUUCACAAGAAGGAAAACAAAUCUAAGGUAAAUUUUAGAUAGGAGCCUUAAACUUGGGUGGGACUAAUGCUAAAUGAUUGUCAUGGAGCAUUCUUGCAGAUGUAAUGUUUUAUGCUUUUUAGCCAGAAGUGAUUACCAUCUAAGUUGUCUGUUUGUUAUUCAGUUAUUCUUUCCAGUCAGUACCUUUAGUCUGUUGUUUUAGUUUUUUUUCUUUACAAAGCAUAUCAGCAGAUUCUUCAAGGAACCUGUUUGUGCAUGGAGAAUUUGCAAUUUAUCUUCCCACUGUUGCAAAUUGGCAGAUCAUAUGCAUGCACUGUUUACUCAGUGGCACUGGAAAGUGAUGAAUUUGCAGAACUAACAAUUCUAUGAAUCCAUACACAAAUUCUUGAUGUUGUAUAUUCAAUGUGUUGUACCAUUUAUAUAACAUAAUCAGUGUUUUAGGUCCAUUCUCUUCUGUUCUAGUCAGUCCUUUCAGUGUUGACAGCAUCCUGUAAAAUUUAAAUAUAUGUUGAAUUGUCCCAGCCCCGCCUCAACCUUACGAAGCCAUAUUGUAUUUUUUUUGGUGACAUGUACAUCUGUUUUAUGCAUUUGUACAUGUGAUGUAAAUUUGAAGUAUUUUUAACAAUGUGUGCCUUUACUCUAAAGUGAUUUAAAGUAAACAGCAGUAUGUUCUAUUAUAUAAAAAAAUAAAAUAUUUUAACCACCC